AAAGAAUAAGAUAUGUAUGUGGGCCAUUGCUAACAGAGUCAUUAAAAUUUCUGGAUGCAAUCAAUAAUCCAAAUUUAAGACGGAAUAUAAAGUGGGCCAUGGAAAGAGAUAUUGUAAAUUCAGCAGAGAGAGCGGGUUUAGAUCCUGUCAAAAUUGUGGAGGAAAUGAGAUCUUGGAGUUAUUCUCAACAUGCUCAUCAUGCAUCCUCUGAGCUUGGAAAUCUAAACAAGGAUGGGACAAGAGAAACAUCUGAACAUCAUGUUAGAAUUGAUAACAUCAAGAAAUUAAUGACUUAUAAAGAAAGGGCCAUCAGAAAGGUGAUAGGGUCUGCAACAUCAGGAAUAGAGCAUUUGAAUUCCAAGGAGAUGCAGGAGGAAAUAGAGGCUUGGAAUGGAGUAGAGGCAGCCAAACAGAGAUACUACAACACUGUAUACCAAAAUGGAUUCACUGAGCCAUGUAGGUGA